CUCGAGAAAUCAACAACACAAUCGUUACGAGUCUCAGAUGUCUUCUGUAAGAGACAGAGCUCCCACUUUCAAUGCACCUUCUAGAAUUAAUGCAUUUAAUUCUCAACACGCGCAGUCAAAUAAUCAGCAAGCCGCUCAGAAUGUAAGUUAUAGACCCGAACAGUUUCCUCAACCUCAAACGUCGGUGUUUGUAGAAAAUCAACAGACAAGACCUUCGGGGGAUAGGGAAAUGAAUGAAAAUCGUUUUGCUCCCCAACAGCCAGUCGAUUUCAGGCCUGCAGAAAAUCCCAAACCCGAAAAAGGCACCAAUCAGCCAAGUCAGUAUCCUAUUUCUUACACUACUAAAGAUUACGUUCGAUAUUCUUCUCCAUUUUCCACCUACGAAUCUCGGAAAGUCGGUGAUUUUGCCCGAUCUCAACAAAAUUUUGGCUUGGCCAAUAAGAAUGCUAAUUACAGAACCGAAUUUCGUACGAAUGCGCACAAUGUUUUUAGUUCCGUAGUUAGAACGAGUACCGAAACCCCGUAUAUAAAUAAGAAACCAAUUUCUACCGGAGAUAACGCCGCUACCACGGGAUAUUCCACUCCCUUAUUUAAAGAAGCAGAACGGCCCUCUAGCUCAGGGGUAACUAAUUACGGGCCUCAAAAAAUGAAGUCGAUAAAAAAGCAAGAGAGUAAAAAAAUCCCAGUGCUCUUGAUUACUUUACCUCAUCGUAAAAAGGCAAAAACCGAGCCAACCAAAAUUCAAUACGAUGCGUGGAAACCGAUGACCAAGGAAACUGAUUAUAACGUACCGAAACCUCCCAUACAGCAACCCGUGCCAUAUUCUAAUAAUCAGGAAAUUAGUCAAAUGAAUCAAGCGGAAAGAGUUAAGUUUUUCCCUCAAACUAAUGUUAAUUUUAGCCCGAUUACCGAAGCUCCUUACGGCCAUUCCAACUCUAAUUUUAAUAAUCACGAAUCUCAGCAGGGCAAUCAAUUCGUUCAGCAAUCACAAAAUACAGAACAACCUCAUCUACAGAAUCCCGAACCUAGACAACCAGUUAAUCAGGUUCCGACAGAUCAAACCAUUUCUCAGUUCGAUCAUCCCUUACCCGAAAACCAUGGCAAUUUUAAUCAGAAUCCUAUUCCACCUCCGCAACAGGUUCAACAGAAUAAUUACAAUGGAAAGGAUAACUUUAAUCAGCCUCCGGUGCAUAAUCAGCAACAGAAUUUUCAAAAUCCAGAAUAUAGACAGCCAAUUAAUCCUAUAAUUUCUGAUUUUAGACCCAUCCAGUUCGAAUUUCCGGUGAACCGAGAGCCUGUUAAUUUUAACCGAGAACCCGUUAAUUUUAACCGAGAACCCGUUAAUUUUAACCGAGAACCCGUUAAUUUUAACCAAAAUCCCGUUGAACCACCUCGACAGAUUACUAUCGAACCACCCAGUCCUCAACAGAAUAAUUAUAACGAGAACGGUCCAGAAUACGAACGUACUCCAGAACCUAAUCAAGCAGAAAAUUUUCAAAAUUCAGGACCCAGACAAUUAAUGAAUCAUCCUUACACCAGACAAGAAAACGUACAAAUAGAAAUCGAGAAACCAACACAGUUCAUGUCCGUAAAUCAGAUAGCAAACUUCAAUCAAGAACAAUUCGAGAAAAAUAAGUUCCAGAAUUACGGCUCGAACACUCCCGAUAUUCGUCCUCCUUCCCCUCCUCCAGAAGAAUUUAAUAAUCAAGAAAUUCCUGCACCUAAUCAAGGGCAAGGUUUUCAAAAUCAGGAAUACGAACAAGCGGUGGGUCAAUCCUUUCCUACUCCGGAAAAAUCCCAAUUUCGUUUAGAACCCGUGCCAAUUCCUAUUGCUCAGAUCCAAACAAACUUUAAUCCGGUUCAGAACGACCAACGCAAUUAUAAUCGACCAAAUUUACAGGAAAAUCCCUCCACCCAACAAGAGAAUUUCCAAAAACAGGAAGAGGAAACGAGAAACACGGAAGAACAUAAAGAACCAAAAGAUUCGGAAGGACUUUUAUUGGUGUUAGUUUCUACCAAACAACACAAAGAAGACCAAGAUCUAAAGAAACAACAGGAGGAGACUGGUCAAUACAGGGAAAAUUCGAACGUUCAACACCCUGCCGACAUGAAUUACUCCCCUUCCGAUCGCACAAGUGUCGUAUCCUUUACCAAAACUAAUGAUUAUCAAACGGGCUAUUCUAUAGUCUAUUGA